AUAAACAUUGCGAUUUCUUCCUGAUAUAUAUAUUAUUCUUCCUGAAAAAAAUAUGGAGUCUGUUCGUGAGGUAGCAUCGACACAAACGCUAUUUUCCUUCCUUGUUUUAGCUAUGAUUCGUGGUAGUUUUGCUGUAUUAAUCCACUACGGAAUUGAUUCGUAUAAAACACCAAGUCUGUUAUUUCUGCUUCGUACACCAGGAACAUUGGUUCUAUUUAUUAUUUCGGUAUUAUACUUGGCUUCAAAGGAAGAAGAAAGCAAACUAGAGAUUUUAAACAACUUUAAAAGCUCGCGGUUAUAUAAAAGAGCUGCAUUAUUGGGAUUUUUUCAGCUUUGUGGACCGUAUUUGUUAUUUAUGUACGCGAUGAAAUACUUAAGUCCAACUAUUGGUGCAGUCUUUAUGUGUGGAACUCCUUGGGCGACUGCGUUGUUGGAGAAAUUUCUUUCUCUCACUGUUCAGAGAGCAAAGAAUUGGAAUGCUAUUGGCUCAGUUAUAGGUGUGAUUGGCUUGGUUGCUGUCUCUGUUGGAAACUUAUGUCAUGUUACUAUGGAUACAAGUUGUCGAGCAACAUAUAUUUUCAAAAAUGUAACAACCAACAUUAGUAAUAGUUCAGAUGGUUAUUUCAUUAAUGUUACCAAGGAGAAAGUUGAGGUGAAUGCUGAUACUUGUUUAACAGAACUAGAAAUUACUACAGCAUUUCUUGCUUUGUGUGGUGCAACAUGUCUCUGGUCAAUAAGUGCAGUAUUUUCAAGAUUGAAACGAGUCAACAUUCACUUCCUGGUUGGUGGAUUGUUGAACAAUGCUUUUGGUGGAUUGUAUGCUUGUGUGCUCUGGUUAAUUCUUGAGCAACAUAUUAACACAAGCAAAGUUGCUUGGGAUAGCACUGAUGGUUCCAUUUCAGUUAUAUUCUUAUCAGUUGCAUCAAGUUGGGCAGCUUCACUCAUCUUAUACUAUCUUUAUAGAAAAAUUGGUGCAGAAUCAACCAACAGAGUGAUGUGUCUUGUUCCUAUAAUAACAUGGCUUGAAGAUAUCAUAUUUUUGCAUCACUACAAGAGCAUGUUCACAUGGAUUGUUGUUUUAGAAGUUAUAGGCCUCGUAUUAGUUGUAACUGGUUUGUAUAUCUCAUCAUAUCACCAAGAACAAAGUGCUUCACAAGGUGCUCAUGCACAACUUCUACCAGACUAUGUUUCAGAGGAAGAAGAUGAUGGGUUGAUUCAGAGACAAGUCAAUGAGUUAAAUGACACUGUUCAGUCUGAAGAAGAACUAAUGCAGUCUGGUAGUAGUAGCAUGCAGGACUCUGUUGAACCACCUAUGAUACAUUAUGCAGAUGAUGAAACUUAUGAUGAGGGGGAAGUAUGGUGAAUAGACUAUUGUUUUUAGCAACAUUGUAAUCGUAAAAAUAAAGAAAUUGUAUAUAUUGUAACAUCUCAGAAGUUUCUCUGUUUGCAUCAUUCAUUAAAACUUAAAAAACAUGACAGCGCUACAAAUAUAUGCUUCAAAAUACCACCUCAUGUUGGUAAUAAAAGAAAGCUUUAUUUAAGUACAAUAUAUACAACAUUUAGUUUAAAUAAAUUUUCAAUAACCAUCAAAGUGGUAUGUCCAGCAUAUCAAUGUUCAUAUACAUAUUUUACAAAAAUUCAUUUAUUUUCUCAAUAUAAUUU